UUUGAAUGCGAUCAUCAAGAACAAAGACAGUAAAAUCACUGUAAAAAACCAAGCUGAUGAAUUAGAAACACUUGUUCAAUGGUAUGGCCUUGAAGACACGCAAAUAGCUGAGCUUUUGGAAUUUAUUAUAAAGGGAAAACUUGACGAUUCUGACGUUAGGAAACUAAUCAAGCUUCUCGUACCACGUAGAAAAGUAUCUGAAAUGUCUGCGAUAAAAAUUUUUGGGAAUCUUGGAAAUAGAAAUAUGAAAUAUAGUAUACAGGCGCUUUUGCUUCGUUGGGUUGUAUUGGUUUAUGGUUUUAUAGAGGACCAUUCAAAAAUUUAUAGACUUUAUGGCGUUAUUUUUCAUUAUUUGGAAUAUGCUACCUUAAG